UGGACCUAUAGUCUCAGAGCGGAACCACCUCUCCCCACAUUUCCUGAACCUCUUCACACAACACUCAUCCUGAAGAGCAGCACCAGAUUCUAAAUCACUGCUAACAGCUUCCGGACCAAUUGGAGCGGUUUCGAAGACAUAAUGCCGCCCAAAAAAAAAAAAAAGAAACCGAAUGAAUAGCCACCAUAACGAAAGGAAAUACGAAGUAUGGAUAAAAUAAUGGAAAAGCAUAUCCAAAAUGUAUCCGUGAAGAGUCAGUACCUCUUUAAUAGGUCCAUGGUGAAGAAGACGCCCCUCAGAGCGUGGACCUAUAGGCUCAGAGCGGAACCACCUCUCCCCACAUUUCCUGAACCUCUUCACACAACACUCAUCCUGAAGAGCAGCACCAGAUUCUAAAUCACUGCUAACAGCUUCCGGACCAAUUGGAGCGGUUUCGAAGAGUCCAUGGUGAAGAAGACGCCCCUCAGAGCGUGGACCUAUAGGCUCAGAGCGGAACCACCUCUCCCCACAUUUCCUGAACCUCUUCACACAACACUCAUCCUGAAGAGCAGCACCAGAUUCUAAAUCACUGCUAACAGCUUCCGGACCAAUUGGAGCGGUUUCGAAGACCAAAAUCACGACCAUAAUGCCGCCCAAAAAGAGAAGAACAACCUCAACAAAUGGCAAUACGAUAAACAGGUUUCUUAAAAGGAUAGGAGUAAGAGAGAACACUGGUGCGAACAGGGAAGAGGUCGGGGAGGAAGGAGUCACAGGUGGAGGAGUCACAGGUGAAGGAGUGAGAGGUGGAGGAGUGCCAGGUGGACGAGUGAGAGGUGGAGGGAGUGAGAACACUGAUGCAACUCAGGAGGAGACUGCAGGGGGUGAGAGGACCUCCAAUCUACCGGACACGCCCUCUGUGAACCCGGGCACGCCCUCUGUGAACCCGGGCACGCCCUCUGUGAAGCAGGAGGAAAAGGAAGAAGAGCAACAUGGACAUAACAUCAACUGGAAGUAUGACAAAGAAAAUAAAAAGUACAGCUGCUACUGCAACAAAGCUGGGACAAUCUACGAAUCCCUUCAGAGAUUUGAUAAAUUUCAAGAGCUAGAAAAAAAAAGUGCCAAAGCAGAUCCCAAAAAGAAAAAAGAACUUGUUAUUUUAAUUUCAGUUAAGAAAGCUAUUAGUUCACAUUUUCCAUGCCCGCACAUUCGUACUGAAAACCUGAUCAUAAAGUACAUAACUGCAAACGAUGACCAGACAACUACGGAAAGUAUAAAAAUAGAGAAUCCUGGCGAGAUUGUAAUAUUUUCCAUGAAAACAUUUGGACAUAGAAACAUAAGUAAGCUGGUUAUGAAAAAUCCUGAGCUGAAAAAAACAGUGGAUGAGGUUUUGGUGUAUGGGUACAAAGGUCAAACCGUGAGAGGAGCUUUGGAGCAAGAUGGACGUUUUAAUGACGAGGUAUUACAAAGCAAUUAUUUUCUGGAGGACACAAAGGAUGGUAAUCUCACUGAAAUGUCCAGCCCUGUAGAUGUACUGCAUGAAAAAUGUUUCUCGGUGAGGCGUAUUGGUAAAAACGGGACAGAACAUGAGGCAAAGUCAAGUAGGAAUGCAAGCCCCAAAGGCAAUCAGCCAACCCCAGAUCAGAGCAAGCAGCCAAAUCCAAAUCAGAGCGAUCAGCCAAAUCAAAAUCAGAGCAAUCAGCCAACCCCAAGCAAGAGCAGUCAGGUGUCCAUCUAUCAGCCUAUACCGAACUCUGAGGACCUGUUGCAACUCCUUCGUUCUCAGUUUAAAGAUCUUGUCAAACAAAUGAAAGAACGGAAUAAUCUUACUUCUAUAGCUUACCGAAAUCUUCUCUCUCAAGAGUUUGGGAAAAGCACAAAGUUUUGCCAUGAGGUGAGAGCGAUGAGGAAGUUUCUAGAGCUUGGUGAUUCUGUUUGUCAGGUGAGAAUAGAUGUCUCGGCAGUAGGGAGUGGCUUUCUUCUAUUUGGAAAGUACAUCCUAACAAAUGGCCACGUAGUCCUUGAUGAGGCAAAACACCCGAGGGAAAAGAUAACUGUUAUUUUCUCCUAUGAGGAACUUACAGACAGCCAGUUAAUGGAUGUGAAGGUCGUUGCCAGUGAGCUUUAUGAUGAUGCUGCAGGCCACAAGCAUGAUUGGGCUUUGCUGGAGGUCUGUGAUGAUCUAAAUGCCCAACCAAUAAAGCCUCUACUGAAGGACUUUGGAUUGGUUACUGAAAGGGGUCAGAUUUGCAUCAUCGGGCACCCGGAGGGGAAGGUCAAAAUGAUGGACCCAUGCUUCACAAUCCCUAUCUCUGAACGUGAGCAAAAGAUUUUUGUAACUGGAAAUUACUUUCCUCCACACCCAAUGGACAGGAACAUACAUACCUAUGAAAGCUGUUUUUAUGGUGGCUCAUCUGGCUCACCUGUCUUUGAUGACAAUUACAAAGUUGUAUCGAUGCACACUGGGGGAUUCUCCGUCGGCCAGACACAGGGCUAUGUCCUUGAGUAUUCACUUCCCCUGUCACUCAUUAUUGAACAAAUCAUUAUUCAGAUAGUGAGAGAAAAAAAAGUGCAUGUGCUGUUGGCAAUGAUCACCUGCGUCAUUCACCCAGUAGUGAAGGAUAACCUAAAGAAAAUAGUUGAAUUGAACCCCACAGAAUUUAUCUGGACAGAAGAUGAAAUGAUUAACCUCACCGAAUCAUUCAGUGAAAUAGACAAAGCUCUACUAAAGGGCUUUUUUGGAUUUUUCUCACAGAGAGAUGAACCCAUGGACACCAGCAGCUAGGGUAUGUUAGCUUUACUUUAGUAAACCUCUACUUUCUAUUAUGCAUUUCCCUCAUACUCUGGAAAAUAGUCAAAUGCAAUUGUAGCCGUUUACUCUUUGCCACUCCUUCUAGGUGGCUGUCCCUCCACCUAGAUGACGUUACUGGGCUCAAUCCACACAAGAACAAAGGCAGUUUAAACCAGUUUAGUGUAGUUUGAGCAAUAUUAUGUGCAGUGCAGGUGCUCCAUGCUGCCAUCUCAGAGAUGUAUCCUGAGGGUUUGUGGAGAUGUCUGGUUUAAGAUGUGUGCAAUGAAUGCCCAAUGCACCCCAGGGGUGCAGGCUCCCCCAGCCCCAGAGUCACAUCAUUCUGACUCUGGCCAGGUGAGGCUGCUCAAAUCAGCCAUUAACACGCUUCAAAACAAUCUAUUAAUUAGGGAUUAGAGGCUGACAUGCCAACAGUAAAUCUUACAAAAUGUACCUUAAUGUCAUUUUUCCAUAUCUCUUAACUCUUCCACUUAAUCUGUCAUCUAUAUUUGUGACCAAAUAACGUUUGUAAGUACUUACAUCAGUAAAUCAUAUUGAGAUCAAGCAAAUUGAUAAUUGAUUAUUUUUUUAAUUGUAUAUAUGUUUUUAAAGCUUUGACAUGUUUUGUGACUUCAUACUAUUUGUAAAUUAGUUUAAAUUUGAACAUUUAAAUCACGUUCAAAAUCUGCUAUUUUAUUUGUCUACAGCUUUUUUGAAUUUCUAUUAAAUUUUUCACAUUUUAUGCAUUUUUUGUAAUGCAUGGUUUUUUAGACUAUAAAGUUGCAACCAUGGUUUUAAUGGAUUUAUUUUUACACUGAUAAUAAACAAAUUCAAUUCGGGA